CGAGCGAGUUAAUCGUCUCAGGAUGUCGGCCCAGGCUCAGAUGAGAGCUUUGCUGGAUCAGCUGAUGGGAACGUCGAGGGAUGGUUCAGUGUAUGUUUGCCAGCCUACAUCUGCAAGGGAGUUGCAGAAAAGCCUCAUGUUCAUCGAGCCGUGAGUCACCAAUGCUUUUUAAAGCUGUUAUGAAUAUGAAAAACAAUACUGUUUGCUUUCCAGCAGUAACUGUGUCACACAUCACGCUAGUUGGUAAUGUAAGAGUGAGCAGAGAGGACACGAAGCGUCUGCCCAGCGGCUUUCCUCAAAUCUCACUUAAAAGAAAGAUAUAAAAUAAGAUAAAGGAAAGAAAACUCAAUUCCUCCGCCGACGUCUUCACUUUUAUUCUUCUGUAUCAUUCCCAACUUCCUCAUUACAGGUUUGGCCAAGAAAAGGUUUUCCCUUUAAUCAUUUAGAGGCUGGGACCGCAGGAGGGGUUCUGAAUGGGAGAGACCUCGCAGAGAUGAGACGAGACAGCGGGUUAAAUUCACAGAUGAGCGUGUCUGCAAAUCGCACCUGCUCAACUGCUGCCCGCAUGACAUCCUCUCUGGAACGCGCAUGGACCUCGGCGAAUGCUCUAAGAUCCAUGACCUGGCGCUGAGAGCAGACUACGAGAUUGCGUCUAAAGAGAGAGACCUGUUCUUUGAACUUGAUGCGGUGGAUCACCUGGAGUCGUUUAUUGCCGACUGUGAUCGCAGGACCGAGUUGGCCAAGAAGCGUCUGGCUGAGACACAGGAAGAGAUCAGCGCCGAGGUGGCCGCAAAGGCAGAAAAGGUUCAUGAGUUAAACGAGGAGAUCGGAAAGCUGCUGGCGAAGGCUGAACAGCUCGGCGCUGAGGGAAAUGUGGAUGAAGCCCAGACAGUUCUUCAGGAGGUUGAGAGAGUCCGAGCUAAGAAGAAGGAUGCUGAGGAAGAGUACAGGAACUCAAUGCCCGCCUCCAGUUUCCAGCAGCAGAAGUUGCGCGUCUGUGAGGUUUGCUCUGCUUACCUGGGUCUUCAUGACAACGACCGGCGUCUCGCUGACCACUUUGGUGGCAAACUGCACCUGGGCUUCAUUCAGAUCAGAGAGAAGCUGGAACAGCUGAAGAAAACUGUGCAGGACAAACAGGAGAGGAGAAACCAGGAGCGACUGAAGCGGAGGGAAGAGCGGGAGAGAGAGGAGAAAAUGAAAAAGCAGACAAAGUCACGUAGCCGAGAACGCAAGAGAUCACGUUCUCGUGACCACGAUCGAGAGCGCAGACGCCGCCGUUCCCACUCCGCAUCGCGAGAGAAGCGCCGUUCCCACUCUGCAUCGAGGGAGAAGCGUCGUUCCCGCUCUCGCUCCAAAGAGCGCGACAGACGCCGACGGCAGCGAUCCAGAUCCCGCUCGCGGCACAGCCGAGAACACUCACACAAAUCUUCUCGGGACCGUGAUCGCGAGAGGGACAGCAAGCGCAGUUCCUCCGAGCGGAGAUCAGACGGGAUGAACGGGAGGACGGAGUCUCGCCGUCAUGAUGACAGAGAGGCUGGAGAGAUAUGAAUCAUUUCACACUACCAUAACACACACACAGCGCGCUCUCGUACAUAUACACACUUUUUUAUUUAUCAUGUUUGCUUGGUCCGUAGUAAACUGCCCACGCCCUGUUUCAUUAGUCUUUAAUAUCUCUGUCCUGUCGGAUUCACUGUCAAAUGUUGAAAUGACAAUAUUUUGUGUGUGUGUGUGUGUGUGUGUGUGUGUGGAGUUAAGGGUAUUCUUUUUUUUUUUUCUUCUAUCAGAUGUAUGCCACUUAUUUUUUUGCCUCUCUAUACUGUCUGUUGUUUUUUGGGAUUUGGAUUUGUCCUGAGUGGAUGUGUGCAUGUUCUGAGGUCAGUUUAAAUCCCUUUUUCUUUAAAUAGAGCUGCAGUACUCCUCCUAGAGACUGAGAGCGACUCUCUUUGUAUCCGUAGCAGAGGCGUAGGAGUUUAAUAAAUCUAAACAAGUGAAUCCGUCAUGGCAUAAUCUUUGAUUUACUCUGUACAUGAUCUUUUAUAAGGCUGUUUUGAUUUCAUGUUGCCCUUAUUAAAGUGCAUUAAAUGGUUUUAUGACUUUAAA